CUGCUACUCAACAGACUCCUCCCCAUUACCACUCAACUCGGGGCUGUGGAACGAGGAGCCGUUUAGUCCAAAGCCCGGUACUGUACUGCUUGUUGAGGAGGAAUAGGAUGCUGUAGCUUUCGCCUAAGAACCCGCUGACUGUCGGCGAGGCCUCCAAAGGUCAGAGUGAUGCUCCUGGCGGGUUAGCUGUGAUCACGGUUUCCACAGAAGUGAGACAACUCUUUGCAGAGAGCAGUCAGGUCGCAAUAAGAUGACGUCCCCAUCGCCCACACACAGCGAUAGCAGCGGCUCCUCCAAACAUGACACCAACCAGAAUAGCUGGGAGAUCGUGGAGGGGCUCAGGGGGGUUCCUGCCAGCAUCCAGGAGCCGGACAGACAGGAAGGCUUCCUGCUCAAGAGGAGGAAGUGGCCCAUGAAGGGAUGGCAUAAGAGAUACUUCGUCUUGGAGAGAGGCAUCUUGAAGUACGCAAAGCGCCCAGCUGACUUGCAGAAGGGAAAGGUCCAUGGGCGGAUAGAUGUUGGUCUCUCAGUUAUGUCCAUCAAGAAGAAAGCUAUGUGUAUUGACCUGGACACCGAGGACAACAUUUAUCACCUGAAGGUGAAGUCUCCAGAGCUGUUUGAGGAGUGGGUGUCAAAACUGCGUCACCACCGCAUGUUUCGGCAGAACGAAAUUGCUUUGUAUCCUCAUGAGAGCUACCUCUUCCACCCCCAUGCCUCAUCCUCACCUUCGCUUAAUGACUCACUUAGAAAAAGAGCGACUCUUACUAAGCAGGCAUCAUUCCACCAGUCUAAGGUCAGCUCCUGGCUCCACUCUUCAGAGGAGAUGAACAAGUGCUCCAAAGAGCUGGAAGAAUGUGAGUCUUAUCUGCUGGAGCUCAACCAACUGCUGAAGAGCAUGGAGGUCAUCCACCGCACGUACUCGGCUCCAGCCAUCACUGCACUACAAGCAUCUGCUUAUGACAACCCCAAAAAGGAGAAGAGGUCCCGGAAAUGGCGAACUAAAAGCAACGGCAAAGACACCAAAGCCACACUACAAGUCCCAAGCUGCAUUUCUACUCAGUCCCCUCGCCUUCAUGCCUCCAAUCCCAACCUCCCCACCACAGAGUCAGCCACGCAGGAAGCCUGUCCUCAGUCCCCAGACUCGCCAACAGAAGUGUCACGUCUGCAGCAGGACUUCUGCCGAUUGGCCAACAACAUUCAUGUUUCACUGAAAUCAGCAUACAGCUCCUUGGUAGCAGAGAAGGACAGGCUGAAGCACACCAUCGACCUGCAGGCCCCCCAGCCGCCUGAAGUCAUCGGCCUCAAGAGCCUCUAUGUUUCAGAGGGUACAGGUUCCCCGCACUCCUUGGUCCACCAGGCCUCCAGUGAGAGCAGAGCAUCUAUUCCAGAGUCCAUCUCAGAGUUCUUCGAUGCACAAGAAUACCUCCUCUCCUCGUCUUCAUCUGAGAAUGAGGUGUCAGACGACGACUCUUAUAUCAGUGAUGUCAGCGACACCAUCUCCAUGGAUACCUUCGAUGGAGGCAGCGUGAGACAUAACUCGGUCAGCAGCGUAGUGACCCUGGCUCACCGUCGCUCCACACUUCCGUCCCCCUGUCCUCCCAGCAGCGUGAGCCUGUGGAACAUCCUGAGGAACAACAUUGGCAAAGACCUAUCCAAGGUGGCCAUGCCCGUGCAGCUCAACGAGCCCAUCAACACCCUGCAGAGGCUGUGUGAGGAGCUGGAGUACAGCAACCUCCUGGACACUGCGAAUCAGACCGAAGACCCUUACCAGCGCAUGGUGUAUGUUGCCACCUUUGCAAUAUCCGCCUAUGCGUCCUCCUACUACCGAGCCGGUAGCAAGCCCUUUAACCCCGUCCUGGGAGAGACGUACGAGUGCGACAGACCUGAUAAGGGCUUCAGGUUUAUAGCUGAACAGGUGAGUCAUCAUCCACCCGUCUCUGCGUGUCACUCAGAUUCAAGGAACUUCUGCUUUUGGCAAGAUGUGCGAUGGAAAAAUAAAUUCUGGGGAAAGUCCAUGGAAAUAGUUCCCAUGGGAACCACACAUGUCACACUACCUGUGUUUGGGGACCACUACGAAUGGAACAAAGUGACCUCCUGCAUCCACAACAUCCUUAGCGGCCAACGCUGGAUCGAACACUACGGAGAGAUGGCCAUCAAAAACGUGAACAGUGACGUCUGUCAGUGUAAAGUAACAUUUAUCAAGGCAAAAUCAUGGAGCUCCACAGUGAACGAGAUACAGGGCGUGGUUACAGAUUCAAACGGAAAAGCAAUGCACACCAUUUUCGGAAAAUGGCACGAAUCAGUGUUUCAAGGAGACCCUCCUUCUGCCACGUGCAUUUGGCGCGCGAAUCCCAUGCCAGUGGAGCAGGAGCAGUACUAUGGUUUCACCCAGUUUGCAGUGGAGUUGAACGAGCUGGACUCCUCCUUAAGAACAAUGCUGCCCCCCACAGACACACGUUUUAGGCCGGACCAGAGGCUGCUGGAGGAGGGGAACAUAGACGGAGCUGAAGAGCAGAAACAGAGGCUAGAGCAGCUCCAGAGGGAGAGGAGGAGAGUCCUGCAGGACAACAACAUGACCCAUCAGCCACGGUUUUUCAAGAAGUCCAAGGAUGACACAUGGGUGAGCAACAACACGUACUGGGAGCUGCGCAGAGACCCCGGCUUUGGCAAAAUGGACUUUCCUGUGUUAUGGUGACCUGUGGGUUCGAACUAUAUCCAUCCCCUCCAACUUAUCUGAACUGUCAGAAAUAUAAAACCAGAAGAUCAGCAAUCAGGAUCCCUGACCUGAUCAACAUGAACUGCUCUGUGUCACUGUGGUCCAAAUUCAUAUGGACCUCCUGCUUCCUCUUUUGGUGUGGCCUGUUGUACAUUUUGUUGCUGUUUGUGUAAAUUUUACUGCUUCUAUCUGUAAUAUACACACAGUCAGUGUAGACUUAAGGUGCAUAUCAGUGUGUUUUACUGCUUUUCACCAUUUAUCAAAGUGCCUUUUACUGUAGUGCCGCACUCAAAGAACUGCUGGAGCAGUUAUACAAAAAAAUACCUUUAUUCAGAGACUGACAGCCAUCAGGAUGAUGAGCGGAAUAAGGAACUCCUGCAGGGGGUCGUGUCCCACUUCAGUGUUCUUAUACUGUGUCAAAGUCAUGACACAAGGACUUUCUGAUGACUUCGGCAAAGAGCUGAUUAGAGAGUUUUUUAAAUCUUAAAAAGGAAGUAAUGCCUUUUUAGUAUGCUGCCUUGUUAUAAUCAUUCAUGUCUGUAGCAAGACUGGAUACCAUUUUCUCAUAAGGAAAUAGCACAGAUACUUCCUUUUAAAAGUAUGUAAUAAAUUUUACAAUGGUUGAAAGAAUUUCCUUACACAUAGUCCCUGUAUAGACUUGUUUGUGGGGCUAACUUUUGCCUACGUCGUAGUGCAGCGUUACGAUGCCAUGGUUGUGGAUAUUUCGGCCCAUAGAUGACCCCAUGCCGCAGGUCUGAGGGCUUUUUACUGAAUUGCACUUCCUGUACUUGCCUUGACAUUUAUUUUGGCUCACACAUUAUGCUGCUUUCAGCUGCUGCUACAACAACGUCCAACCACUGCUAAAACAUUCUGUCUUAUGCCAUUACAUCCACAAAAUUCAAUGUAUUUUGUUGGUUUUUUUUAUCUGAUAGACCUACACAAUGUUGUGCUUUUUUUAUUUUUCAUUGCAUGGUUUAAGUUAGUCUUGUAAUACGGCUUGAGGAUACAGUUGCUUAUUUUAAGGUUAAGAGACCAAUUUCAUUUUGCAAUUUGGUAGAUCAUUUUAAAAAUAUUAUUAUUAGUUUAGGUUUUGGUAAAAAGUCUUUGCAUCUUUUACAGGAAGGUUGCUAAAACCACACAGAGAACAUCUGCGUCCCUAUGUUUUCUGUCAAGCCUUCACUAAAGUCAAUUUUGACCUUGAUUCCACAGUUUGAACUGUAAAUAUUUUUCUAUUUUUUUGUGCUUCCUGAACGUAAACACAUCCUAUUCAUUCAAGGUUGAUACAGAGGCACAAUAUUUCUUCACUGUCCUCUUCACACACAAAGACAAUACAACACUGAAAUAAAAAGUAGUAAUAGACAAUAGCCACACUGGAUAUAAGAAAGUCUACACACCCAUAUAAGAAAUCCAGAUUUCUGUCACGUGCAAAAUGAGACCAAAAUAAAUAGUUUCAGACCUCUUUCCACCUUGAA